AUGACAGGAGCCACCGAUGCUGUUCAGACAGAGGGAGUGGCUACUGAUGGAAGCUUGGGGUCACCUGCUGCAGAUGAGGGAUUCCCCGGUGGACCACGCGACCCAUCAAUUUUGACUGGUUUUGCUGAGCAUGUUGCACACAGCAUCUGGAGUGGACAGGAACGACCCGAUCUGAAGUUGGUCUCCCACGGUAGAAAAGUAGAUAAAAUUGGGAGACCAACGCCUAAGAUCGAAGGGUUGAUUGCUGGCACCGGAUUGAGUCCACUGAUCAGGUGUUCUGUUAUCACUACUGAUCCUGGACUCAUAUCCGCCUUCGUCGAGAAGUGGCAUCGCGAGAUUAGCACGUUCCACCUGCCAGUAGGCGAGUUGACGAUCAUGUUGGAUGACGUGGCGUCACUCCUACACAUUCCCAUCACUAGCGCGCUGCAUACGUUCGAGCCGCUGGUUACUUCAGACGUGAUUGGUCUACUGACGGAGCUUCUUGAGGUCAGUCAUGAAGAGGCUACAUUUGAGACCCGACAGGCUGGUGGGCCUCAUGUCUGGUUGGGGUGGCUUCGGGACUUGUAUGAGAGCCAUUGCAGGGCCAGACGAUGGGUUUUAGCAGCCCGCACGUAUCUGCUCCACUUGGUGGGUUAUACUCUUUUCGCCAACAAGAGUUCAACCCAUGUACAUGUAGUGCACCUGGAGGCUUUCAGGGACUUGGCCCAGGCAGGGGGAUUCGCCUGGGGAGCGGCUACAUUAGUCCACAUGUACGAGCAUCUGAACGACGCAUUGCAGGCCUCUACACAACAGCUGGGCGGUUAUAUUACACUUCUCCAAGUACGGGUUUUGGGCCUUUUAGAAACAUGCCUAAGUACCCAUGUUCGGGUUUUUUUUAAAAUUAUGUGGGAGCUGCUUGAGACUGUCCAGGGCCGCUAUUUGGCAUGUUUGCAUGUCAAGGAACCCAAAAAAAAAUAA